UCAAAAAAUUAUUAUGACUUUAGCUGGCAGAGUACGCGUUUGUGCAUUUACUCAUCCAUAAAUUUUUCCCCUUUUAGUUAGGUUUAGGCAUUGAGAGAUAUAGAGUGAGAGUAUCAAUAGAACAAGUUUAGCUAGCUAGCUAGUUAGCUCACACUCAAUCCUUCCUUCAAAAUCCCUUGAAAUAAACUAUAACCCUACUCACUCACAUUUCAUCAGCCUCCACACCUUCUUCUUCUGCAUUUCCCUCUCAGAUCUCAAGUUGCAAAUAAACUACUCCUACUAUAACCCUACUCACAAACUAGCAACUAGCAACACUCCAUUCUGAUCAUACCAAAAAGGAAAUGAAAAGGUUCCAUUUGGUACCUCGUGUGUAGUAGCAGUGUGAGAGAAAAUAAUAAUGAAGAAGCAAGUUACAAUACUCCUAGUCCUUUCUCUCAUUCUAGCCACACUCUCCCUCACCCUGUGUGCCAAUGCAGACGCAGUAGACCCAUCUCUUGUUUUCGAGAAUCCACGAAUCAGAAACGCAUACAUCGCCUUGCAAGCUUGGAAGGACGCCAUUCUUUCCGAUCCUCUAAACUUCACCACCAACUGGGUCGGAUCCAAUGUCUGCAACUACAACGGCAUUUACUGCACUCAAGCCCUCGACAAUCCCAAGAUCCGCACCGUCGCAGGCAUUGACCUCAACCACGGUGACAUUGCCGGAUAUCUCCCGGACGAGCUCGGCUUGCUCACAGAUCUUGCGCUCUUCCAUGUCAACUCCAACAGACUCUGUGGGACAGUUCCACAAACAUUUGAUAAGCUGAAGCUUCUCUUCGAGCUGGAUCUCAGUAACAACCGCCUCGCCGGAAAGUUCCCUGAGGUGGUUCUCCGGCUACCCUCUCUCAAAUUCUUGGACAUCAGGUUCAAUGAAUUUGAAGGGAAGGUACCUAGAGAGCUGUUUGAUAAGGAUCUUGACGCUAUUUUCAUCAACGAUAACCGUUUCGUUUUUGAACUCCCUGAAAAUUUCGGAAACUCACCGGUUUCUGUUAUUGUUCUGGCGAAUAACAAGUUCCACGGUUGCAUUCCGGCGAGCAUAGGGAACAUGUCGAACUUGAACGAGAUUAUUCUGAUGAACAACGCGUUUAGUGCUUGUUUGCCAUCGGAGAUUGGGAUGCUGAGAAACCUCACGGUGUUCGAUGUGAGUAUCAAUCAGCUCGUGGGUCCGUUGCCGGCGACGGUGGGGAACUGUGUGAGCUUGGAGCAGUUGAACGUGGCGCACAAUUUGUUUUCUGGGAAAAUCCCUGCUAGCAUUUGCAUGCUGCCGAAUCUUCAGAACUUCACUUAUUCGAACAAUUUCUUCACCGGCGAACCUCCGGCGUGUUUGGCGUUGUCGGCGUUUGACGACAAGAGGAACUGCUUGCCGGCGAGGCCGUUGCAGAGGACUCCGGCGGAAUGUAGCUCCUUUUUGUCGAAGCCGGUGGAUUGUAACUCGUUUGGGUGUAAACCGUUUCCAGGAGGGGGAGGAGGAGGAGGAGGAGGUUCACCUCUGCCACCGCCUGCGGUGGUUCCUUCACCUUCACCCCCGGGUGAUCCUGGCUUUACUCCGCCAUCGCUGCCACCUGGUCAGUCUCCAUCACUUUCUCCAGGUUCACCUCCAUCGCUUUCUCCAGGUUCUCCUCCAUCACCCGUUGUUGUGUCACCAUCUCCGCAGCCACCGUGGUCCCCUACUCCAACUCCACCACAUUCUGGUCAGACACCACCGCCAACUCAUUCACCUCACGAGCCUCCGCCAACUCCUGAUCAUAGCUCAUCGCCAAAUUAUUCACCUCACGCGCCACCUCCAACUCCUGAACAUAGCUCAUCGCCAAAUUAUUCACCUCACGCGCCACCGCCAACUCCUAAUCAUAGCUCCCCGCCAAAUAAUUCACCUCACGCGCCACCCCCAACUCCUAAUCAUAGCUCACCGCCAAAUCAUUCACCUCACUGGCAAACGCCGCCACCACCACCACCUUCUCCAUAUCAUAGCUCACCGCCAACCCAUUCACCUAACUCACCCCCGCCACCGCCUUCUCCAUAUCAUACCUCACCGCCGGCGCCACCUGCCCAUUCACCAUCUCCUAGUAUAGAACCUCCUCCACACCAAUCACAACCAUCUCCUGGAGAGCAUUCACCUCCGCCCCCACCAGGGCCACAACUACCUCACCUGCCACCACCUUCCCCAUCUCCCCUGCCCCCAGCAGGGCAUGUUUCUCCCCCUCCACCAGUCCAAUACUCUCCCCCAUCACCGCCACCAGUUCAAUUUACUUCUCCACCACCACCCCCUGUGCAUCACGGUUCUCCGCAGCGGCCACCAUCACCGCCGCCUUGCGAAACAACUCCCUCCCCACCUCCACCGGUUGUCUCAAGCCCACCACCACCUGCCCCAGUCUACGAAGGGCCUUUGCCACCCAUCUUUGUAGUCCCGUACGCCUCGCCUCCACCGCCACCUUACUAUUGAUACUUUUGAGACCCACCUUCACCUUCCUUCCCCUCUAGCUACGAAUAACAAAUGCUAUGAUAAGACAGCAUUUGUUCUUUAUUUAGAUGAAUGUCAUUAAUUUGUCGUCAAAAGAAAUAGACAAGAGUUUGCAGUCAAGUUAAGAAUGGCAGAGAAAAAAUGUAUGUAUAGAAUAGAGGGAUCAUAAUUCUUGGCUCUACAGAGACAAGUUAGCAGCUAGCAACUACACUUUGAGCAGCAGCUGCUGCUGAUGCAGGUUGUUUGUUGUUUGUGGGAUUUUAUUGUUAUUGCCUCUUUUAUAUCAUACUACUAUAUUUUGAAGUUUUGUUUCCAUUAUUUUGCUUUCCAAUUCUUAGUGUUGUAGUAGUAAUGAACAUAAGAACAUUUCAUGAUGUGUAUUGAUUUUCUGAAUUGAGUUGAGGAAGUAACUCUUUUUCUCUUA